CCCUGUCUCUCGCACGCCCAGUCAUUGAAGGCAAAGAUGGCGGCGGCUCUGAACGUAGUAGCAGCUGCUGCAGAAUCUAGCGAGAAUCCUUCCCAUCCUACCGGGGCUAAAGAAAGCAGUGAUAACUUAACAGUUGGUAACGUGGAUACAAACAUGACGGAAACGAAGGAGAAUGGAGCAAUUACAGAGAGUCAUGAGGAUUCCACUGACGCCCCUGUUGUCGAAGAAGUGGUCAAUGAACAAGAGCUCAAGUAUUGGAAGGCAGUGAAGGAAAAUCCAGCGGAUUUUACCAGCUGGACAUAUCUUCUGCAGUUUGUCGAGCAAGAGAACAAGCUUUCGUCUGCAAGACAAGCAUUUGAUGCAUUUUUUAAACGUUACCCAUACUGUUAUGGGUACUGGAAAAAAUAUGCAGAUUUGGAGAGAAAGAAUGGCAACAUUGAGAAAGCCAAAGAGGUUUUUGAGGGAGCUAUUGCUGCCAUUCCUCUUAGUGUGGAUUUGUGGGUACAUUAUCUCAACUUUUCUUCUCAAAGUACCAAGGGUCAGAUUGAUGGCCCAGAAGUCAUGCGAAGUUUAUUUGAGAGAGCAGUGUCUACUGCUGGCGAAGAGUUCCGUGCUGACAAACUGUGGGAUGCAUACAUUGAAUGGGAGAAAAGCCAGGGUCAGCUACAGAGAGUAACAGCUUUGUAUGACAGAGUCUUUAAGGUUCCUACUCAGAAUUACAGCCAGCAUUUUGAAAAGUUUAAACAGCACAUAAACUCCAACCCGAUAGCUGCUGUAUUGUGUACAGAAGAACUCCUUAAACUUAGAGCAGAAGUUGCAGCUGCUCCUCCUGGCCUGACGUCGGCCGAGGCUGAACCUCUCAUCACUGUUGCCUCGCCCUCAAGCAAUCCGCCAGGUGUUGAUGGUGAUGCAGAUGCCGAUGAAGUGGCUCCAGGCACAGAAAACCUUGUUGCUCCAGGGGCAGAAAGUUCUCUUACUUCUCAGGAUGACGCUGAGACUAUUGCAAUACGCGAAAAAGUCAUAUCAGCCAGGCAAAAAGUCUACACUGCCUUGGAAGAAGAAGUGCGAAAGAGAUGGCCAUUUGAGGAAGCCAUAAAGAGGCCAUAUUUUCAUGUCAAACCUCUUGAGCGUGUGCAGCUGAAAAAUUGGAGAGAGUAUCUUGACUUUGAAUUAAGCAAUGGUGAUCAGAAAAGGGUUGUUAUCCUCUUUGAACGAUGUGUAAUUGCAUGUGCAUUGUACGAGGACUUCUGGCAAAGAUUUGCUACAUACAUGGAAGGGCACAGUGUCGAGGCAUGUCGUCAUGUAUAUGAGAGAGCCUGCACAAUACACCUUCCACGAAAACCCUCCAUUCAUUUAGCUUGGGCUGCAUUUGAGGAACAACGAGGAAAUGCUGCUAAGGCAUCUGAGAUUUUGGCAGAGUUAGACAAGGCAGUGCCUGGCAUAAUAAUGGUUAAGCUGAAGAGAAUAAACCUUGAAAGAAGAAGAGGAAACUUUGAAGGUACCUCUGCCCUGUAUGAAGAAGCUAUGAAUGAGACCAGUGACCAGGAAUUGGCGACAUUUUUUGCUAUACGAUACUCAAGAUUCUUAUCCAAGGUUGUGGGUAAUGUGGACAAAGCACGGGUGAUGUUGAAAGGAGCCCUGGAAAAAGAUAAGGAGAAUAAGAGACUGUACCUUCAGCUAUUAGACAUAGAGCUUGGUGCAUGUCCAGUGAGUGAAGACAAAGUUGAAGAGGUGUUUGACUUGGUUAAGAACAGUGACCUGGACACCGAGGUGAAACAAGGAUUCUCCCAAAGAAGAAUUGAGUUUCUUGAAGAUUUCAGUGUGGACAUCAAUAAAAUAAUGGUGGCUCAGGAGAAUCAUUCUAAGUUAUACAAAGGGAAAUCUGCGCUAAUCCCACUAAGUGGUAGAAAACGAUCACAAGAGCUUGAUAGCUCAGAUGUCAAAUCCAAAAUAUCAAAAAGUGAGGAAGUGGCAGCUGCAGAUAGUAGCCAGCAUGUCACUAGUGCCACAUUGACAGGUGCUGAAGCAUAUGACACAUCGUAUUCAACAGCUGCUGCCUAUACUGCAGCCGCCUCUGCGUAUAGCUACUCCACUCCCUUGCAAAGCCAGUGGGCAGCAUACUCUGCUGCACACCCGAAUGCAUACAGUAAUUAUAGCCAGUGGUAUCAGCAGUAUGGGGCGGCAUAUGGGCAUCCACACCAAACAGCCACUCAGUAGACUACUAAUGUGGCCUUGUAAAUAGACAGCCUACAUGUAUUAAAAGAUGCUUUCAAGCAUUUGAUUUUACAUCAUCAAGGUUACUGCCGCAUAUCUGAUGUGCAACUCCCAAGAAGCACUUGGUUUGAUUCUACAAUGUAGCAAGAUUCCAGAGUAUGGCAGUAGUUUGUAAUGUUGGAGUGGGACGUGCUGAUGAACUGCAGUUUUAUAUUCAGUACAUGAUCUGUAAAACAUUCCAUAACAUUUAUCUUGUAAUAUAGUUAAAUGAUUUUGAUUAACAAAUGGUAAUAAAAACAUUCAGAGUAUCGUUUCUCGCCAAAAUAUUUCAAUUCUUAGGAUUUAGUCAUUGUUACAUGUAUGCCAUUAAAUCCCAUGUUAAAGCC